AUGUUCUGCCCUGUUCGUCAGGCCGUGUCCGAAGCUUCCCCCUCCACUGUGGCCCCUACUUUUGUUGUGAUGCGGUUUGAUCAGGAAGGAAAUGUCACAACAUUCGAAAAGAAAAAGACUGAGUUGUGUCAGGAGCUGAGUCUCAUGGCGCGAGAUCUGCGGUUCCAGCACAGCACGAGCCUCACGGCCAGGAACAACUGCAUCAUCAUCAGGAUGGAGGUACCAGCCGACACUUAA